AUGAAUGAAGUGGAUAUUAUUCCUGAACAAAAUUCACUUGAAGUAUCCAGAACAAAUCAAUAUACAUUAAAUGAUGACAGUAAUGAUAUAUUACCAACAUAUAUACCACGAUUAGCUGAACCAAUUAUUAUACGUGGUGCUGGUCAUGUAACUGUAUUUGCAUUAAAUAAUAAAUUUGAUGAAGAAUAUCCACAAGCUUUAACACAUAAAGUAUCACGAGAUGAAUAUCAAGAAACGAUCAAAAGAGUUAAUUUAAUUCUACGUAAAAAUGUUCCAAUUAAUUUUAAAUGGCUACUUUGUGGUUGUAUAUGUUGUUGUUGUACAAUAGGACUUUCAUUAUGUCCUGUAUUAUGUUUAAAUAAACGUUCAAAAGAUGCUGUAAGUAAAAUUCUUGAUUGGGAAAAUGCACGUCUCUAUCAUAAACUGGGUUUACAUUGGCAUUUAACAAAACAAAAAUGUCCAAAUAAUGCUGUACAAGAGUAUGUUCUUAUGAUUGAAUUUCGCCCACCUUUAUCUUUAUCUCAUCCUGAUUAA